AUGCAACCGCGGCGAGAGGCAGAGGCGCGGGGAGCGCGAGCGGGCGCUGCUCUCCCGCUGGCGGAGCGGGCACGGGAGAGAGAGCGGGCGCGGGAGAGAGAGCGGGCGCGGCGGGGCCGGCGAGCAGCCCCGGCCGGCCGGCGGCGGACUGAAGGUAGGAAUCGCGGGCGGCUCCGGGGAGAGGGACGGGCCGGCAACCGUAGGAUCCCGGGGUGCCCGCGGCGCUCGGCCGGCGGCGGGAGCGGAGCCCCGAGCGGAGCCCCGAGCGGAGCCCCGAGCGGAGCCGCGGCUGCCUCGGGCCGGCCGUGCCGCUCGGCGCCGCGCGGGGGCGGGCAGCGCGGGGCUCGGCGCCGAGGGGAUGCCGGCCGCGACCGCCCGCGCUGCCGCUCCGGCUGCCGCUCCGACUGCCGGCGGGGCGCCGGGGAGAGGCUGCGGGGCGCCGGGCAGCCCGGGAGGAAAAGCGCCGGGGACUCGCUCGGUUCUGUCUCUGUGCCGAUGUCCGACACGGAGACCGGUCGCUAA